AUGCAUGAUAAGAACGACAUGAUUAACACGCAUUAUCUGGGAUUGGCCUUAAGAAAAACUAAUUUAAGGCUAUUCCAGGUGUGGAUGUUCCAGACAAAAGAUGUCGAUCGGGUUAUGCCUUGGCUAACUUCUACUGUGGACGAGGAGGCAGGCGAUGCCCCACAGCAUAUGAGUGUAACAUCCACCCCUCCGACAGAUACGCUAUAUGUUGUCGGAGAGGCAUUCCUUGAGAAAAUGGCGGGAAUAUCGGUUCUUACCUCUGUUGUGUUGUUUUGCUGUUCACUCAAUGUUCUUGCAUACGAUGCGCAAAACGAGGAUAAGGAGCCAAUUAGAGACUUGCUAGAGAAACUUCAGGAAAGGAUUUUUUAUCAAGAUGAGCGGAUCUUUGAUCUAGAGACCAAACACACAAGACUUGAAAAAAUUAACGUUGAACAAUCCUGGAAAAUAAGAGAGCUUCAGAACAAUAGUUCGGAUCAGGAAAGGAUAAUAUCUAAAUUGCAGUCAGUGUGUACAAGAAAUAUUAAGACAUUUGGAAGUAACCUUGGUAAUCUUCAUCAUACAGUAAACAAGCCAUUUCCAAACCACUCCGUCUCUUCACAUUCAUUCAGUAAAGCUAAUACGACAUCAGCUGGAUUGUUUCGAAAAGAAAGAUUGUUGGUACCAGUGACAUCACCAGCACCUACCCCAUCGGCCGGAACUACGGUGGCUUUCUAUGCUUAUGUAUCCCAUAAACUGGCAAGCCCUGGUAGCCAUAUCGUUAUCGCCUUCGAUACUGUGAUAACUAAUAUCGGAAACGGCUACCAUCCUCAUUCCGGAAUAUUCAUCGCACCUCGAACAGGAACCUAUGUGUUUACUUGGUCUUUUCGGAUACAGAACGACGCCCAUCUGUCAACUGAACUAAUCGUGAACGAAAAGGCAAUAAGCGCAGUCUUUUUUGACGCAACGAAUGGUGUAGGUGGGAACUCAGCAGGGACUGCUGUUGCUCAAUUAAACCAAAACGAUGAGGUGUUUGUGCGAAUAACCACGUCCAACAAUCUGGGUGACAUUUUAAGUGAUGUUAUUGGAAGAUCCUAUUAUGGUGGUUGGAUGAUAGAUUGAUAUAAUGUUUAUUAUCGGCAAAAG